UUGCUAACGCUUACCGUAUUUGUCCCGGCAAUUGGGGCAAUAUUGCUUUUGGCGUUAGUCAGGGGUGACCGGGUAGUGCGAGGGUUCGCGUUCCUGGUAGGGCUAGUUGACUUAUUGCUUUCGGCGGUCGUCUUCCUGUCAUUUGACCGGGGAGAAGGGGCAGCCCGGUUCCAGUUAAUAGACCGGCUGGACUGGAUCACUGCUGAGACCUUUAAUGCCAGUUAUCUUCUCGGAGUUGAUGGCCUAAGCGCCCCGAUGGUGCUCUUGACGGGGCUGUUGGGUUUUUGUGCCAUCAUAGCCUCCUGGUCCAUCAAGGAAAGAGUAAGAGAGUAUUUUAUUUGGCUGCUGCUGCUGCAGACAGCAGUGAUGGGUGUAUUCGCCUCUCUGGACUUCCUGCUCUUCUUCCUCUUCUGGGAGUUGGAACUGCUGCCGAUGUAUAUGUUGAUAGCCAGCUGGGGCACCGGCCGAAAGACCUAUUCUGCAAUGAAAUUCCUUAUUUUUACUAUCUUGGGCAGCGCGUUUUUGCUGGUUGGGAUAGUGGCAAUCUUCCUCAGCCAAUCAACCGGUUCCUUCGAUAUGAUGAUCCUGCUGGAACAGGGCUCUAUGCUGAGCGCAUCUUCGGCAGCGGUACCCCUCAGCCUGAUGUUCUGGCUCUUUUUUGCGGCCUUUGCGGUGAAACUGCCCACCUGGCCGGUCCACACCUGGCUCCCCGACGCUCAUACCGACGCCCCAACGGCUGCCAGCGUAAUGCUGGCCGGUGUCAUGUUGAAGAUGGGAGGCUACGGCCUGCUGAGAGUAAAUGUUGGGAUGUUCCCGGGUGAAGUUAGGACCUUUGCCUGGGCAUUGAUACUGCUUGGAGUGAUCAGCGUGUUGUACGGGGCAGUAGUCACCUUGAGGCAAACAGACUUGAAGCGUCUGAUCGCCAAUUCCAGCGUCAGCCACAUGGGGCUGGUAUUGGUCGGGAUAGGGUCAGUGGGCGCAGCCGCCGGGCAGGUGACCGGCUCGGGUUUGAAUGGUGCCGCCUUGCAAUUAUUCACCCAUGGCACCAUUACCGCGUUGCUGUUUGUUGGCGUGGGACUCAUAUACGACAAGGCUCACACUCGGUACAUUCCCGACCUGGGAGGGCUUGCCAGUCGUAUGCCAAUUGCUGCCGCUGCCCUGGCGAUUGCGGGAUUCGCUUCCCUGGGUUUGCCUGGAUUGAGUGGUUUUGUUUCGGAAAUCCUGGUUUUCUUUGGCGCCUUCCGGGCAUUCCCGCUUCAAACUUUGCUUUCAGUACUUGGGAUAAUCCUGGCUGCAGGGUACAUUCUUUGGAUGUUAGAGCGGUCCCUAUUUGGUCCCAGCCGGGAGCGGUUUGCGACAAUAACCGACGCCUCUCCACUGGAAGCGAUACCCCUGGCCCUCUUGGUGGUCAGCAUAGUGCUUGUCGGGGUUUACCCCGCAAUUCUAACUGAUGUCUUCGAUAACGCGUGA